CCUGCGGGGCUGGGAAGGAAGCUGUGGCCACGCGCCCCCUCCGAGGACAUGGCUCCGGGGGACCCUCGGCGGUGACCGUGCGCGCGCGCGCGCGCGCUCCGGGGCCCGGUGGACGGUCAGGGCGCACCGUUCCGGCGGGUCGUGGCUCUCCAAGGACAGGUCGCCAGGGCCCGCGCACCCCGACAAGAUGCCGCCCCCCGGCUGCGCGCCCUGGAGAGCGCUCUCCGUGGUGCUGAUUCUGGCGUGGGCGCCUCCUCCAGCCGCGGGCGCCUGCCCGCAUCCCUGCUCGUGCUACGUGCCCACGGAAGUCCACUGCACGUUCCGGUCCUUGGCGUCCGUCCCCGCGGGCAUCUCCAAAGACGUGGAGAGGAUCAACCUGGGGUUUAACAGCAUACAGGCCGUGUCCGAAGCCUCCUUCGAGGGCCUGGCCAGGCUGGAGUUACUCAUGGUCCACGGCAACAACAUCCCCAGUAUCCCGGACGGGGCGCUGCGAGACCUCAGCUCGCUCCAGGUCUUCAAGUUCAGCUACAACAAGCUGCGCGUCCUGACGGCGCUCACCCUGCGCGGCCUCCGGAGCCUCGUGCGGCUGCACCUGGACCACAACCAGCUGGAGUUCCUGCACCCGCUCGCCUUCCGCGGCCUCACGUCCCUGCGGCUGGUGCACCUGGAGGGCAACCAGCUGCGGCAGCUGCACCCCGGGGCCUUCGCCACCUUCCGCUUCCUGGACCACUUCCCGCUGUCCACCGUGCGGCACCUGUACCUGGCGGAGAACCGGCUGCGGCGGCUGCCCGAGGCGACGCUGCGGGGAAUGCCGCUGCUGGAGAGCCUGUUCCUGCACGGCAACCCCUGGGCCUGCGACUGCGACCUGCGCUGGCUGCCGGCCUGGGCGGCCCAGGCCCCCGGUGUCCUCAAGUGCAAGAAGGACAGAGCCUACGAGGGCGGCCAGCUCUGCGCGGCGUGUUCCAGCCCCAGGGCCCUGCGCGGACGCGAGAUCCACACCCUCCAGGACAUCCCGUGCGCGAAACCGUCCAUCGAGUCCCCCCUGAGGCCCAACACGACCCUCGGCGUCGGCGGCGGCGUCGAGGAAGAGCAGGACGAGGACGAGGACGGUGACCGCCCGCCCCCCCUCGCAGACCCGCAGUCCCCGCCGUGGACCCUCGCCUUGAACAUGACGGACGAGCACGGCAACACGGCGAGCCUGGCGUGCGAGAUCGAGAGGCCGACGGGCGUGGAGUCCGUCCAGCUGAACCAAACCGAGUCCCAGGAGGUCGACGUCAACGCCACGCUCGCCCUGGACGUGGCGUGCCCGAUGACGCGGGAGAACUACGAGAAGCUGUGGAAGCUCAUCGCCUACUACAGCGAGGUCCCCGUGACGCUGCGCCGGGAGCCCCCCGACGGCCACGAGCCCGGAGGGGCCGCCCGCCGGUACAGGCAGGACGCCGACGACGCCGACGCUCUCUACUACACGGGCGUCCGGGCCCGCGUCCUGGCCCGUCCCGCGUGGGUCCUGCAGCCGACCAUCCAUCUGCGGCUCAACCGCCAACAGAGCACGUCGAAGACGGUCCUCCUGUCCUACCGGGCGCGGUUUUCCUGGACGACGGCGACGGCGUCGGGCGGAGACGCGGGGCGGUCUGGCGGCCAGAGCUGGGUCAUGAUCGAGCCGGGCCCGGACGAGCCGAGAGCCCAGAUGGUCCUGGAAGGCUCGCCGUGCCAGCUCGGCUGCGACGUCAAGGCGUCCGAGAGCCCGUCCAUCGCCUGGGUGCUCCCCGACGGCGCGGUGCUGACGGCGUCCACGCCGGACGGCAGGUUCUCCAUCCUGACCGGCGGCGGGCUGAGGAUCAGGUCGACGGGGCGGGCCGACGCGGGCGUGUACCAGUGCGUGGCCCGGGUGACGGACGAGGCGGACCGCCUGGCGUACAGGGUCCUCGUGCAGCCGCGGGCCGCGCAGCCCACGGACGGGCACGCGGUGGUGACGGUUCCGAAGAACGCGGGCGACCCGCUGACGCUGCCUUGCCGGGCGCUGGCCGUGCCCGAGGCCCAGCUCAGCUGGAUCCUCCCCAACCAGAGGAUCGUCCACGAGGCGGCCAACACGUCCCGCGCCUUCGUCCUGCCCGACGGCACGCUGUCCGUCCCCGAGCUCCAGGCCGGCGACGGAGGCUACUACCGGUGCGUCGCCGUCAACCAGCAAGGGGCGGACCAGCUCACGGUGGGGGUCAGCGUGAGUCGGAAAGGGUCGGGGGGCAGGGCAUCCAAGAGGGGCCGACGCCCCGGAGGGAGGGCCCUCUCCCGGCCCAGAGGCGACGUCGUCGAGGACGAAGGGGGCUCGGGCGUCGGCCCGGAGGACGCGGCGUCGGGGAGGGUCCUGCACCCCCAGGACCAGAAGAUGUUCCUCCACGCCCAGGAGGACCCCAAGGCCAAGAAGGGGAGGAGGAAGCCGAAACCCUGGAAGCACACGGAGGGAGAACCGGAGACCCAGGUCGCCGAGGGCCGGAGGGUCUUCGAGUCGAGACGGAGGGUCCACGUGGCCAGCAAGCAGAUCAACCCGGACCACUGGGCCAAUAUCCUCGCCCGAGUCCGCGGGAGGAACCCCCCGAGGGGGACGGAGGGGCCCGAGGCCGCCGCGGAGACCGCCACGGCGCCGGCCCAGAGCGCCGACGUCACGCGCGCCGCCCGUCCCGUCGCGUCUCCUCCCUCGGUGUCCCCGGCGGCGGCGGCUCAGAGGACAGCCAGCCCCGAGGAGUUCUCCUCCUCGGCAGACGCUCUGCUGUUGGGCGAGGAGGAGCCCGUGAUCAGUCCGGCUCCCGCCACCAGGGGCCCGGACCGGGGCCGGGCUGGCGUCCGUACGGCCGAAGACAGAGCCACCAGCUCCGACCUGCAAGAAUCCGUCCACGACGACGAGGACGACGAUGCGUUUUCUGAAAAGACCCAGGGUCUACCUCGGAUGGGCGUUGACGAGUCCUCGACGCCACCGAUCCUGGACCCGACCGACGAGGCGUCCCUCAGCGAUCCCGUCCGCACGGACGGCUGGUCUACCCGCCCCACGGACGGCUGGUCUACCCGCCCCACGGACGGCUGGUCUACCCGCCCCACGGAUGGCUGGUCUACCCGCCCCACGGACGGCUGGUCUACCCGCCCCACGGAUGGCUGGUCUACCCGCCCCACGGACGGCUGGUCUACCCGCCCCACGGAUGGCUGGUCUACCCGCCCCACGGACGACUGGUCUACCCGCCCCACGGACGACUGGUCUACCCGCCCCACGGACGGCUGGUCUACCCGAGACGUCGGCCCCGCCGUCGCCACGGAGAACGGGUCGUCAACGGCGGGAGAUGUUGGGCCUGUGCCCGAGCCGACAUCCCGAGAGAACGUGUCUCCCUCGGCGGCCGCCUCCUUGGACGCAUUGGACCCUGAGCCGUCCACGGUCUCCGAAUGGGAGAUUCGUUCACCGACGGACGGGGACGCGAUGGAAGGACGGGCGUCCCGACGUGCCACUGCAACGCCCGCCUUGUCCGUGGUGGACUCCGGGGCAUCGGGGCCGCCCGGCGGGCUCCCAACACCAGGACACGGAGAGGGAGGACCAGCUGCCCCCCACCUCCCCGACGAUGGCUUCAGCACUCAAGGCACCCCCUGGGUCAGAGAGGGCACGCAGGAGGGCUCUCGGAAGCUUCCGGAAGGCGUCAUGUCGGAGGGAGUGCCCACGAGCUCCCGAGGACCCGAGACGAAGCGUCAGGGCGUUGAAUCCGUGGAACCCACCGCGUGGCUUGGUUCUCUCGCUGACAAGGACACCGUCGAGGUAGAUAGAGUGGCGUCCACGCCCAUGGCCGCCUGGCCGUCCGCGCCCACCACCGCCGCCGCCGCUGCCCCUUCCCGGAAAAGGCCCCACGGGAGGAGGCGGUUACGGCCGCACCGAUUCCGGCAGCGCCAUAAGCCAACGCAUCAACCCACGGCGUUCGCCCCCACGGCGACCUUCCUGGCGGGACCCACUCAGGACCCCGAAGCCGUGACCCCCGAGCGAGGGGGUCGUUGGCUGGUGCCGACCGCCUGGGGGGAGCGGACGGCGGGGACCCCCAAACCGGUGGACGUGGAGAAACCCGCGGAGCCCGUGACCAAGGGGACCCCACGGAGGAAGCACGGCAGGAGGCCGAACAGACACCGGCAUGGCCCCUCGACGGCGGGCUCCCCGGCGUCGGCGACCAGGCCCAAGACGCUCACGGAUGCCGCCACUCGCCGUCCGGAAACGGCCCUUGUGUCUACAACCGUCUCCCAGAGAACCGGGGGUCCCCGUGAGACCACGAGCGCGGCAGCCUAUAAGACCACCCCCCCGCACACGCAUGGAUCUCGUGGUGCACCCCGAGAGACGCCGCCGGCCACGUACACGCCCGUGUCAGAGGAGAAAGAGACGUCGACUUUGAACGUCCCCAACAUCCGUGAGUCCGUCACCCACGUCACGCCGCCGUCCGGCUCCGGGGUGCCCACCGCGCGAGACGUGAAGAACGAACCCCCUCCGUCUAGCUUCCCAGGAACGGAAAUCUGGGUCCCCCCCAGGACGGCCCAGCCUGGGGGUCUGCAGACGGACACCCCCGCGACCCCCACUUUGGAGACCCGAACGCUCUCGUCAUCCGUUUCCCAAGACUCGGGGGACCCGGAUCUCCCCUCUGAGGUCCCCCCGUCCGUGGCGCUCUCUACACGAGACGAUGUUGUUGCUACCUCUACGUGGAGCAUGGAUGUAGAGGCGUCUUCACGUCGGGCCGGGCCCACCACCCGUGAGGAGGAGGAGGAGGAGACGCAGCCCACGUGGCGGCGAGGAAACGCGUUAUCCACCCCGUCUCCCAAGACGGAUGAGUUCCACGUCACGCCGAACCAGGAGGCCGGGAAGGAAGUCUCGGACGAGAGGACGGGACACAACCUUCUACGCGGCCCCGAGGGUCACCACCACCAUCCGGACGGCAGAGUUCAAGUUCUCCGUCCCCCUUCCAGGGUCCCCGGCCAACCUGUCCCGCCGAGAGGGACGGCGAGGCCGCCCCAAUGGGCCACCCGGACCCCCUUCUGGUACCCCGUGACGGCCCAGCCUCCUCGGCACGGGACCAGCAAGCCUUGGCUCACGGCGAGCCCCUGGAGGGCUUUGUGGGGCCACAAGCCCUCGACGACGCCAACCUUCUCCAGUCCGACCACCGUGGACCCGUGGCGUGUGACGUCCAGGCCUCCCAGGUUCACGAACCGCGGCUCGGACCCAGCCCACGGCCACUCCAAGGUGGUUGGUUUCAACAACAUCCCCGACGCACGAGCUCCUCCUUCCUCCGACGGGAGAUUCCCGUUCUUCUCUUUCAACGGGACCUUGACUUUCCCGCAGGUGGGCGUGACCCCGAAGACCCAGACCCCGAAGACCCAGACCCCGACCUCUCCCGCCCCAGGGACCGGAGAGCGUGCCGUCAACCCGGGCGCCGACAAUCGGAUCCGGACUCCGACCAUCACCCACGUGGACUUGGGCCCGCCGGCCCCUCCGUCGCUGCCCCGGCCGAGGACCGUGUCCCCCGCCUCCGCCCACGUCCAGAACAUCCCUGCGGCCUACCCCACGCGGAACGCCGCCGUCCCCUUCGUGACAUCCCCCGGGCCGCCUUCCGGAAGCUUCCAUCCGAGCGGCCCCAGGCUCUCCUCGGCGGGGGGGCCCCCGGCGUCCAAGUACUGGACCCUCGGAGAGGCGCCGCAGAUCAUCACCAAGUCGCCCCAGACCGUGACCGUGGCGGCCGACACGGACGCCGUGAUCCCGUGCGAGGCCACGGGGAAGCCGGAGCCUUUUAUUACCUGGACCAAGGUCUCGACAGGCGCCCUCCUGACCCCCAACACCCGCGUCCAGCGCUUCCAGGUCCUCAGGAACGGCACCUUCGUCAUCCACCGGGUCCAGGUCCAGGACCGGGGCCAGUACCUGUGCAGCGCCCAGAACCUGCACGGCCUGGACCGCCGGGCCGUCCUGCUGUCCGUCGCGGUGCAGCAACCCCACAUCCUCAGGGCCUCCCAGUACCAGGACGUCACGGUCUACCUGGGGGACACCAUCGCCAUGGAGUGCCUGGCCAAGGGCACCCCCGCGCCCCAGAUCUCCUGGAUCUUCCCGGACCGCAGGGCGUGGCACAGCGCGUCCCCCGCCGAGGGCAGGGUCACCCUGCACCCCAACCGCACCCUCUCCAUCCGGGACGCGUCCUUCGCCGACCGGGGCGUGUACCAGUGCGUCGCCAGCAACGCGGGGGGCGCGGACAGCCUCGCCAUCCGCCUCCACGUGGCCGCCCUGCCCCCCGUGAUCCAGCAGGACAAGUGGGAGAACAUCUCCCUGCCCCCGGGCCUCAGCGUCCACGUCCACUGCAGCGCCAAGGCCGCGCCCCCGGCCACCGUGCGCUGGGCGCUCCCCGACGGCACCCACAUCCGCCCCUCGCAGUUCCUCCGCGGGAACCUGUUCGUCUUCCCCAACGGGACCCUCUACAUCCGCCACCUGGCGCCCAAGGACAGCGGGCGGUACGAGUGCGUGGCCGCCAACCUGGUGGGCUCGGCGCGCAGGGCGGUGGCGCUGACGGUGGCGCGGCGCGCGGGGGCGCGCGGGGGCGGGGGCGGGGCGGCCAACGCGCGCAUCACGGGCACCUCCCCGCAAAGGACCGACGUGCACUACGGGGGGACCCUCCGGCUGGACUGCAGCGCCUCCGGGGACCCCUGGCCGCGCAUCCUCUGGAGGCUGCCCUCCAAGCAGAUGAUCGACGCCUUCUUCAGCUUGGACCCCCGAGUCCGGGUCUUCGCCAACGGCACCCUGGUGGUCGACGCCGUCACCGACAAAGACGCGGGCGACUACCUGUGCGUGGCCCGCAACAAGGUGGGCGACGACUUCGUGGUCCUGGGGGUCAACGUGGUCAUGCGGCCGGCCAAGAUCGAGCAGAAGGAGGCCAACGACCACCGGGUCCCGUACGGGGGGGACCUCAAGGUGGACUGCGUGGCCUCGGGCCUCCCGAACCCCGAGAUCUCCUGGAGCCUCCCGGACGGGAGCCUGGUCCACUCCUUCCUGCAGUCGGACGACGGCGGCGGCGGCGGCGUCGGGGCGCGGGCCAAGCGGUACGUGAUCUUCAACAACGGGACCCUCUACUUCAACGAGGUGGGCCUGCGCGAGGAGGGCGACUACACCUGCGUGGCCGAGAACCAGGUGGGCAAGGACGAGAUGACCGUGCGUGUCAAGGUCAUGACCGCGCCCCCCGCCAUCCGGAACAAGACCUACUCCGUGGUGCGGGUCCCCUACGGCGACGUGGUGACCGUGGCCUGCGAGGCCAAGGGAGAGCCCCCCCCGAAGGUCACCUGGCUGUCACCCACCAACAAGCUCAUCCCCAGCUCUUCCGACAAGUACCAGAUCUACCAGGACGGCACCCUCCUCAUCCAGAAGGCGCAGCGCUCCGACAGCGGCAACUACACCUGCGUCGUGCGCAACGGCGCCGGGGAGGACCGCAAAGGGGUGUGGAUCCAGGUCCACGUCCAGGCGCCCACCAUCAACGGGAACCCCGACGCCCUGGCCACGGUGCGGGCCGUGGCCCCCGCGGGGAGCCGGAUGCUCAUCGACUGCCGCGCCCAGGGCGUCCCCACGCCCAAAGUCCUCUGGGCCUUCCCCGAGGGGGUGGUCCUGCCCGCCCCUUACUUCGGCAGCCGGGUGAGCAUCCACCGCAACGGCACGCUGGACAUCAAGAGCCUGAGGAAGAGCGAUUCGGUCCAACUGACGUGCAUCGGGCGCAACGAAGGCGGCGAGGCCAGGAUGAUGGUGCAGCUCACCGUCCUGGAGGCCCUGGAGAAGCCGGGCUUCCACGACCCGGUCAACGAGAAGAUCACGGCCACGGCCGGCCACACCAUCAGCCUCAACUGCUCGGCGUCGGGCACCCCGCCGCCCACCCUGGUGUGGGUCCUGCCCAACGGGACGGAGCUCCCCGGGGGCCGGCGGCUCCAGAGGUUCUUCCACAAACACGACGGGACGCUGCACAUCGGCGACCUGUCGUCGGGGGACGCGGGCGCCUACCGCUGCGUGGCGCGCAACGCGGCGGGCCACACGGAGAGGCUGGUGUCCCUCAAGGUGGGCCUCGGGCCCGACGCCAAGAAGCAGUACCGCAACCUGGUGAGCAUCGUCAACGGCGAGACCCUGGAGCUGCACUGCGUGCCCCCGGGGACACGCCCGGCGGGCCGCCCGGCGCGGUUCGCGUGGACGCUGCCCAGCGGAGUGUCUCUCCAGGGGAUCCAGACGCGAGGGCGCGUUUCGCUCUGGGACAACGGCACCCUCACGGUGCGGGAGGCGUCCGUCUUUGACAGGGGCACGUACGUGUGCAAGGCGGACGGCGAGCACGGCGCCUCCGUGGUCAACUUCCCCGUCAUCGUCAUCGCCUACCCGCCCCGGAUCACCAGCGAGCCCACGCCGGUCAUCUACACGCGGCCGGGGAGUACCGUGAAGUUGAGCUGCAUGGCCAUGGGGCUCCCCAAAGCCCAGAUCACCUGGGAGCUCCCCGACAGGUCGCACCUGACCGCGGGGACGCAGGCGCGCCUCUACGGACACAGGUUCCUGCACCCGCAGGGGUCCCUCACCAUCCAGCAGACCACCCAGAGAGACGCGGGAUUCUACAAGUGCACGGCCAAGAACAUCCUGGGCACGGACUCCAAGACGACGUACAUCCACGUCUACUGAGACAGGACGCGGCCCCCCCCGAGCUGGCGUGGCUCCGUGGAUAGGGCGUGGGCCCUGUGGACAGAAGGGGUCCCCGGGCUCGAUUCCCCGGUUGAGGUCACAUGCCCGGGUGGCGAGCUCCCAUCCCCAGUAGGGGGCGUGCAGGAGGCAGCCGAUCCAUGGUUCUCUCUCAUCAUUGAUGUUUCUCUCUCCCUCUCUCUCUCUCU